AUUUACAAACUAACUCAGAAUCUUGUAAAUAAAAUGAGACCGCAAGGCUAAAAAUAUGUGAAGAAGAGCAAACUUGAGUGAGGACUAGCCAGCCGACAUGUGCAUGAGCCAAUUUGUGGUUUAUUUUAUCUUGGAAAACUUUCCAGACAUCCUUGAUUUAAAAGCUAUAUAGACGUACAAUAUAAAAUUUUUGAAAGCUGGCAGCUCUACAUUAACUCACCUUAGAAAUUUAGCCAGGCAACACUCAAAGGAUCUGCAACAAAUAAACAAUAAUUCUAGCUUAUUGAUUUAAAAAUAAACAUUAUAAAAUCUGAAGUAAAAAAUUUAAUAAAUGAACGAAAAUUAAAUUAACUGUUUGUAACUGCAAUCAGUGCUUAACAAUACUCGGUUAUCUGUGCGCAUGAAUUUUUAUAGUAAAAUUUAUUUAUCAAAACUAUUACAACCUGCCGUGACAAUAACAUUGCAAAUAGUGUAUAAUUCUACAACGAGAAUUUUUAUUUUUUACUCAUAUAUUUCUUUAUAUUUUGUUGAGAAAUUUACUGAGUAAUUACCAUACACAGCACGUCUUGACCCUGCCGAUAACGCUCGCAGUUAAUGCAUACUGUCUCUUUAUUGAAUUAUAAUUUGCAAAACUCGGCUCAGUAGUGAUCAGCCAGUGACGCAGUGCGCUAGUUUCAAGCGGGUGCACGACAAUUAAAUAAUAUGAAAACGAGAGGCAUAAUUUUACUGCCAAAACUAUUGCUGCUUCUGGCGCUACUUUCCUCAAGGGUGCCUGUGCGUGCAUAUUCUGCUGACACAGUAGGUUCUUGCAGUAGCAAUUCGUUGAAAUCGGAUGCGCGUACAUUUUUCGAACAUGAAAAUGAAUUGUUGCGUCAACGUCGUCGCAACGAGUUCCUAACCUCAUAUGAAUACAACACAAAUGUGACGGAAGAUAAUCGCAAGGCAAUGAUAGCUGUUGCCACUUCAAAUGCAGCGGCUAAUAAGGAGAUGACCCGAAAUGUAAUCGCAUCAGGGUAUGUUGACUCAAGCGAUGAGGAUAUCAAACGACAAGCUACUAUACUUGGUGAUUUGGGUAUUGAUGUAUUACCCGAGAGUGAUUAUAAAGAAUUGCUAAACGCUGUGAGUUUGAUGCAAUCCAAUUAUGCCACUGCCACUGUUUGUCCAUACAACAAGGAAGGUAAAUGUACACUGCAAUUAGAGCCGCACAUACAAGAACGUUUGUCGGAUAGUCGCGAUCCAAAGGAGUUGAAACACUAUUGGCGUCAAUGGUACGACAAAGCGGGCACACCGAUGCGAGAAAAUUUCAAAAAAUAUAUUGAGAUGACCCGCAAAUCAGCACGUCUAAAUGGUUAUUCCUCAUACGCCGACUAUUGGAUACAUUUUUACGAAGACUCGGAAUUCGAAGCUAAUCUAGAUAAAGUAUAUAAAGCCAUUUUGCCGCUUUACCGUGAAAUACAUGGAUAUGUUCGUUAUCGCCUUCGUUCGUAUUAUGGUGAUGAAAUAGUGCCGGAAAAUGGCAAUAUACCGAUGCACUUAUUGGGUAAUAUGUGGGCACAACAAUGGGACAAUGCGUUGCCUCUUUUUACCCCUUAUCCGGAGAAGCCUUUCAUCGAUGUGACUAGCGAGAUGCUUCGUCAAAAUUUCACAGUGCGCAAACUUUUCGAGCUGGGCGAUGAGUUUUUCAAAUCGUUGGGCAUGCGUGCGCUACCGAAAAGUUUUUGGGAUCUCAGUGUGUUAACACGACCGGCGGAUCGAGAGAUCAUAUGUCAUGCUUCUGCUUGGGAUUUAUAUCAGGAUAGUGAUGUACGUAUUAAAAUGUGCACUGAUGUCAAUACACAUUAUCUGUAUGUGGUACAUCACGAGCUGGGGCAUAUACAAUACUACCUGCAGUAUGAAAAGCAACCGACAGUUUUUCGUGCGGCACCAAAUCCUGGUUUCCAUGAAGCUGUGGGUGAUGUUAUUGCACUUUCCGUUGCCACGCCUAAGCAUUUAAAAUCCAUUGGCCUAUCCGAUGUUGGCAAACUGGAUGAUGAGAGUCGCAUAAAUGAGUUGUUUAAGAAUGCCCUAAAGAAAAUUGUCUUUCUUCCAUUUGCCUACACCAUGGACAAGUAUCGUUAUGCCAUCUUCCGGGGGGAAGUUGAAGAAUCCAAAUGGAAUUGUGCCUUCUGGCAAAUGCGUUCGGAAUUCUCUGGCGUGGAACCGCCUAUUCAACGCACAGAUGCUGAUUUCGAUCCACCAGCAAAAUAUCAUAUUGACGCCGAUGUGGAAUAUCUACGUUACUUUGCUGCACAUAUAUUUCAAUUUCAAUUUCUUAGAGCACUGUGCACCAAGGCGGGUCAAUAUGUGAAAGGUGACCCUGAAAAAUCUUUAGACAAUUGUGAUAUUUAUAACAGCAAAGAGGCUGGUGAAGCGUUUAGCAAAUUCCUUUCACUUGGUGCUUCGGUGCAUUGGAAAAAAGCUUUAAAUGAAUUUACCGGUGAAACCGAAAUGGAUCCCUCUGCAUUGAUGGAGUACUUUGAACCCCUGACUAAAUGGCUGCAAGCAGAAAAUCAACGCUUAAAAGUACCAAUCGGGUGGGGUGAUACAGAUAAAGUUGCAGGCGAUUGCUGUCCAACUUUCAGCACCUAACAGUUAGAGAAACUCAGUGAUAAAGCGUACUGUGGAAAUUUAGAUAUUUGCUUAUGACAGUGAAAGUUUGAAGGAACUAAAUAACUCUUUUGAAUAUCAUUUAAUACCGUUAUGUAAACAUAUACUCACAUUUGGAAAAUUUUGCACUUGUAAAUUAGCCAUUGUUUUAAAAGGAAUGCCUAAAUAAAACAAUUCUGAGUUUUCAUAGUUUUUUACUCAAUAAAACUGUCUUUAUUUACUUAAUUAACUAUAGAUUUAGAAAUGCAUAUAAAUAAUAAUAUUUGUUUUGUAAACAUUUUUAUUUUCGAAAUUUAACAGGCUCGAGUCAUGAGUCAGUUCAGUAGAAGAGCUCUAUAACGCACGGCUUAAUCGAUUAAUAGAGAAUGUAAAGCAAAUAUUCUAUAUGAAAAUACAUAUUUUAGAUAAUAAGCGCUUUUUUUUUAACUAAAAUCUAUGAAUUAAUUCAAUUUUUUUUUGAAUGAAAUGACGAUAAUUUCCGUUCUUCUAAAAAUGAGCAACAAGCAUAAAUAAACAAAUGUCUUUAAUUUUCUUUUUGACGUAGAUUUGUGACCACCUUAAUUUAUAUGUAUAUAUUUUUAUUUAGAAUCAUUAAUUUAUACGUUUUUAAGUACUUAUACAAAUUACACCCGCCAUUGAUUUAUCUCUUCGCUGAAUUUGUGACUUCUCAGUAAAAUCGAGUAAACUAACAAACGUAUAUAUUUCAACGACUGGCGUUCACACACGAUGUCAAAAUUAUUUUGUUUUCUGUGUUAAAUAAACAGAAAAAAAACUUUAGUAAAUAAAAACAGAGAGCGCAGCUCGGCGCUAGAGGCUAAGCUAGAAUACUGCUGGAGCACUAAACACAGAUUGUUCAAAUCUCAAUACCAACCAUCAUGCCCAUCUCGAUCGGAGUCUCGUUCUUCUUCGACAUCUCACGCAUAUUUAGCACCGCAGACGGCGAGAACUCACGCUGGGGACGACAUGCUCAAUAUCUCAAUUUCUUGAUUUUUACACUCAUUUUUCUAACCACUUUAGUGCUGAUACGUAUCCACGACGAUCAUGUCACAGCGAUUGAAUAAUUCACAAUCGGCGGCGUUUUUGUGGCGUUAAGUUUGUAUAAAAGUCCGACCAAUGCUGAUCAGCAAUUUAGUUUACGUGCCGCGCUCUUCAAGCGCGUGAGUUGUUCUUCUGUAAGUUGUUGAAGGUAAAAAAAAAAGAAAAAA